GUCAAAGCAUUAUAUCACAGCAAACGACCAAAGUUUCAGGUGAGACAACAAUAAAGAAAAAAUUCGAGACUUCGCCAAUUUCGCCGGGAGGGAUUUCCGGAAGUUCGCAACCGCCAUCACUACAGUCGACAGUACCAAUAAAUGAAUUAAACACAAAUUAUGAGCAAUUGGACUAUGAUGCAGCAUCACAUAUGGCAGCAUUUCUAAUGUUCAUCAAAUAUUCAAUCAUGUAUCAUCACACAUCAAUUAUUCCAAAAAUACCGCCACGUCAUUACCAUAAUCAAUUAGUUCCUAAUGAUGAGCAACUUUCAUUAGCUGAAAAACGAGAGUUGGCGCUUCAGCUUCAAAAGAUAGUUCCAAAGCAACCUCAAAUUCAUAAAAUGGCUAUCCUUCAAGACGCAAUUGAUUAUAUCUGUUAUUUAGAAGGUUUACUCGCGGAAAAGCGAAAACUCAAGAAUAACAACAGCAAUAACGAUAAUAAGGAUGACGGGAGAUUUGUGAAAAAGACGAAAUUGGAUUCCCAUGAUAAUACUAAUUAUAAUUGUAAUAGUGACUUUAGCAAAAUCAAUAAUUACACUUACGAUAAUGAUAAUUGCUCAUACAUGUAUUCACAAUCCAUUAACUUUGAACGCAAUUCUAAUCAAUAA